AUGGCUCCCCCAACUGCCGGCGUAGUGAAGCGCCGGGCGCGCACUUUCGUGCGCACCCGCGCCGUCACGACGCCGUUCGCCGCUAAUAUACCACCGCCUCCGCCGCGUCUCAUCGACACAGGCCUCCGAUUGUCCCCGUUCCCGAUGCCCCUGCCCCGACUUCCGGGAGCAGGAGCCGCGGAAAAGAGGACCACAACGCCGCCCGAACGUAUCCCACCGCGGCCCGUGGUGAGGACCACGCCGCCCGCAGCACUCUCCAUGCCCCUGUUGGACAUGGAGACAACACCGCCGCGCCAAUACGCGGCAACAAACCCGUUCUCGCCGCUCUCCACGCCCCAACCGGUCAUGGAGACAACACCGCCACGCUCAUACGCGGCGGUGCUCAACACCAACCCGGAGUCGCCGCCGCACGCGCCUCCGCGCCCGUCGCUCCGGACGGCGCCUACACCGUCGCCAAAGCCCGCGCGACCCCAGCCGCCGCUCGCACCCGCGAGCAAGAAGCUCCCGCCCAUCGUGGUCGACCGGCUGCCUGACUGGCCCCACCACCUCCGCAAGCUGCGGGAGUUGCUGGGCCACAUCCCCAACGCGCGCCCAGCCACGGGACUCUCCUGGUUUGCGUACGCCCCACCGGCGGAGCGCUCACUGAAGCUGGCCAUCCGUGGCCUGCCCAUGGACACCGAUGUUGCUGAGUUGGAGGAGGAGCUGCGCGCCCGCGGCUUCGACCCCCAAUACAUCCGCCCCAUCCAGGCUCGCGAGGGAAGGACAGGCUGCCUCUUCUUCGCGGAGAUCCGCAGGACGCUGGGUUUCCAGCGGAUCUACGAGGUCUCCGAGCUCCUCUGCAUGCCCGGCGUCAAGGUCGAGGCGUGGAGGGGACGAAGAGGAGCAGCGCAGUGCCACCGCUGCCAGCAGUUCCGGCAUAGCAGCCAUAACUGCCACCGCCCUGCCGCCUGUGUCCGUUGUGGUGAAAACCAUACGGCCAAGGAGUGCCAGCGCCCCCGGGAAGUUCCGGCAACCUGCGUGAACUGCGGGGGAACACACCCGGCGAAUAGCUCUUCCUGCCCGGUCAAGUUACGCGAGCUGCGUAACACCAAGGCGGGUGCGGCGCCCAUGACCGGCGCGAGAGGAGCUAUCCCACCAGCAGCCUCCACAGUGGACCCCAACAUCGAGCCGACCGCGCGGAGCUCGCUUAUGGCCGCGGCGAACGGCCCAGCCGGGCCCAAGCCGCAGAAGCCUAAGCGCAUCCGCAAGAGGGCAAAACCGGCCCCCACUGCCACCACCAUCGUCGAGCAGCAGCCAGCGCCAACUCCGACGCCGAACCAAGCGGUCGCCGCCCCUACCAAGGGGAAGAAGGCGAAGCCCCGCGCGGAGAUACCACCAGCCCCCUCCAGCGAGAAGCUGGAAGUACUGGAGCAGACUAUCCAGCUGCUCCACAACCCCCGAGGACGUCUCCCCGCCGCGGGCUUCGCCCGCGACGAGAAGAAGAAGCAACCGACGUUUUUAUUAUACCCACUGACUUCGUACGUUGCGGUCGACUAUUGCGCGGUGUCGCAAUAG